AUGGCGCAAGAAGCAUCAUCUUCAACAUCGUCAAAGACGAUCUCAUUGAAAACUGGUGACGGUGAAAUAUUUGAGAUAGAAGCUUCUGCAGCAAAGCAGAUGAAAACUGUGCAGCGUCUAAUUGACGAUUUGGGGGAUGAUAUCACAAUUCCUCUGCACAAUGUUUUCAGCAAGGAACUCCCUAAGAUAAUCGAGUACUACAAGAAGGACAUCACUGGAGAGAUCACCAAGGAUUUUGAAGCUGAGUUUGUAAAAGAUCUCAACGACGACGAGGUCAAGGUCCUUUUCCUUGCAGCAAACUACUUGGAUGCGAAUAAACUUUUCGAAUUUCUAAGUCAAAACAUUGCAGAUCGACUCGAGAGUAAGAGCGUAGAGUAUGUGCGUAAGUAUUUUGGUGUCGAAAAUGAUUUUACACCCGAGGAAGAAUCCAAGCUCCGAGAAGAGCGUGCCUGGUCUUUUAGGGGGAUCAAAGAAGAUGAGUAG